UUGCUUUGCGUUCGGCUGACAUUCACUGACGUUGUUGAAAUCUACAAUCCAACUCGUGCAAAGGACAUUUCCUUCCGUCAGACGUUUGACAAAAAUAUUUUUAUCGUUCCAUGGGAAAAUAUUGCAGUUUGUUUCGUCAUACAGUGUCUCAAAUCUCAAUCGCUUGUAUCUCGCGGCGCAGUAAACUCGGUUUUUAGUUAACUAAAUUGUUCGCUUGUUUAUUUCUAAAGACGCAUUAACAAUGUCUGUAGAGGAGAAAUCUGGUUCCGAUGCGCGUAGUGGUAGUGCGAAUUCGUUGGUUGUACACGGGGAUGAUGAGAACGCGAAGACUUGUUGGGUGUGCUUUGCGACGGAGGCGGACGAUCGGCUGGCGGCGUGGGUGCAACCUUGCAAGUGCAAAGGAACUACGAAAUGGGUCCAUCAGAGCUGCCUCCAGCGGUGGGUUGACGAGAAACAGCGCGGCAACAUUACCAGAAAAGUCCUCUGUCCUCAGUGCAAAGCGGAGUACAUCGUAGUUUUCCCUUCAAUGGGGGCGUUUGUGGCACUAUUAGACGCUAUGGAGGAGAUCACACACAAGAUCUGUCCCUUUAUAGCGGGAGGAGUGUUGCUUGGAUCGAUAUAUUGGAUCGCUAUCACUUAUGGAGCCGUCACUGUUAUGCAGGUGGUCGGCCACCGCGAGGGUCUGGAGAUGAUGGAGUCUGCCGACCCCCUAGUUCUGCUGGUGCUGCUGCCGACGAUACCGGUGACGCUCAUCAGCGCCAAGAUGUACAACUGGGAGGACUCCGUCCUGUUGUUCUUGAGGAAGUACUGCGCGAAGAUACCGGCCCUGUCUUACAUACUACCGUUUGGAAACGUGGAAGGCGAUCGAGGCGCCAUCGUCUCCGGGCCGUCAAACCCCGCCAACGCAAACUCCGGCUCCCAUCUCUCGCCCACAAGAAUAUUCUGCUCCGCGCUACUCCUGCCCACCAUCUCCACGAUCAUAGGCAAAAUCUUCUUCCGCUCCAUACAAAACAACCUCCACAGAACUAUACUAGGAGGCCUCACAUACAUAACUAUCAAAGGGGCGCUCAAGAUCUACCACAAACAAAUGCUGUACAUCAGACAUUCGAGCCGGAAAAUUCUAGAUUAUACCGAAACGAAUUUGAAGCUGUAUAGAACGCUUACAGCGGCUCCUAGUGGAGACACGGUCGCCAGUUCGAGAGACGAAUCGGAGCAGGUUGUAUAAACAUUACUUUGUACGUGUUGACGUAUCUAAGGUACAUGAAUAUUGUAUCAGUUUUGAAAUCGAUACCUGUUUUUAUAUGGUUUUAGAUCUCGAUACGGGUGACCGUAUUUGAAGGUGCGUAGACUAUUUGUAUAGCGGACGUUAUCUUAGUAUAAUCGUAAUUGAAGAGUUAUGUUCUGUUGAAGUAGACUAUUAAACGUCCUUAUAGAAUGUAGCGUAUGAGUAACAACAGGUCCUUUUAAUACUAACUAUUUAGACAGAGAUGGUGUUAUCCAUGAUAAACUAGUAAGCGCUAGAUCUUCUAUUGAUAAUUCUAAGACUAGAUUAUCAGAAGUGUCUUGAACACAUGUUUUUGUUUUUUUAAACUUAAAUUCUUGUAUCGAUUUGAAAUGUAUUUAACACGAAGGGUUAGUAACUUAACUAACCAAUGGACUGACUUUAAGUUUGUUACAAACUUAUGAACUCAUAAUAACUAACGUGUUUGUUAUUAUCAUUUUGACGGCUAUGGAUUUUUUUAUUGUAAUUUUCUCAAAAUGGAUUUAACCUAAAAUGAUAGGUUAUUGAGAAUAAUAGUUUAGUUUAACCCUUUGACCGCCGUGCGCGUCAUCGAGAAACUUGUCGGAAUACACGAAGGUUCAUAUUGGACAGUAGCCGCGCGCGUCAAUUGACGUCUUUAGCGAUGAUAGGGUUAAAGUCAUGAUCAUAAAGGGUUAAUAGUUGGUGCAUAUAAAUUUGAGAGAAAGUGUCUGAAUAACGUGGCAUUUUUUAAAUUGUUUAGGCUAAUACAGUCAGCGGCAGAAGUUGCUAAGCGCGCGAGGUGUUCAAAAUUACCUUAACAUGCUCUUAUU